AUGUCCUCUUCCUCGCCCUCCCCCUCGUCGUCCAGCAGCACUUCGCCCCUCGGUGCCGAGACUUGCCAUCUGCCGGCUGCCUCAGUAGAGAUCAUGCGCUGCAUUCGGUGCGCCCGCGCCAAGGAGGCCACAUCUACCGACGACGCCACGGCCAACGGAAUGGUCCGUGUUGGCCACAAUAUCUACUACUGCCACCGGUGUGCGAAGCUGGUCGGCUACAUCUGA